AUGGCAACUUCUGCAGUAACCCCCAUCACCAGUGUAGAGGAAGCAAGCAGGGAAUUGUCAGCAGAUACCCCUCCGCCAAUGCCAUCAAGAGCAGCGCUGGAACAUACUUCCAGUCUAGGAAACUCCAAUGAUACCAAGCUCAUCAAUCGUUCGAAAUGCGUGGUGUACUUGGUACUCUUUCUAUCCGCUGCCAUUGUCAGCGUCUCGGUAUUUCUGCUUGCGGAAGAGGAGGAUAAGCGAUGGUACACGGAUGAGUUCGAAGAACGCGCCGAUGAGGUAGUGAAAGGGGUAGAAUCGAGUUUGCUACAUUCCGUUGAAGCCAGUGGGAACAUGGGGGGCUCCUGGACGCUGCAAACCACUCAAGAUCCUUCCGCGAAUGGUGCAAAUGGUACCUAUGCCAACUUUGCUGUUCUUGGGGAAGCUUUGUCUAGCAAUGGACUUACUCAAGUGAUGACAGUUGCUCCAGUAGUGACGGCUGCAACUCGCACCCAAUGGGAAGCCUAUGCGGUCGAAAAUCAACGAUGGAUCGUUUUGGAUUUGUUAUUGCUAUCCAACGCCUUUGGCUACAAUGUAGGAAGUUUGAAUCCAGGAGAGAUUCCAGAGCGCAUCUAUGGAUACGACAAUGAAGACACUGCAGCAGAACAUUUACCAAUCUGGCAAAUGUUUCCACCGCCACAGAAUGCAUCACAGUCUCCGAUCAUGUUCGAUCUCCUUUCCAUUGAUUGGUUUGCGGAUCUUUGGAACAGAAGUCUUUACACUAGCUGGCCAGCCGUCUCUGCCAUUCAAGAUCUGGACUUUUUGGUAGACUAUGCAGGCUAUGAGCGAGAAGAAGAGGUGUCAUCUCCCAAAUUUGUAAUGGUACAGCCCAUCUUUGGGGGUUAUGAGGUCACCGAUGGCAUUACUGCAGCUGCAACCUCCGUCAUCUCAUGGGCUGAUUACUUCGCCGUAGUCUUGGGAGACCAACCGUCUGGAAUAAUUGUGGAUAUCCAUCACAAUUGCCCACAGAGCAAUGGAUUGACGUAUUCCUUCAAGAAGACGCAAGACUCUAUUGUGUACCUUGGUGAGAACGUUGAUAUUGCUUCUUUAGAUGUUGCAUUGACCAAGGACUACAAUCUAUUUGGUGAAGGCGCCCCAGGACCGAGAGCAUUCCUCGGAGGUGAUUCCUGCGGAUACAUCUUGACGGUUCAUGCGACGACAGAGUUUAUCGAGCUAUGGCAGCGUGAUGAUUCCUUCUUGGCUUCGGCUACUGUGUUGGCCAUUUUUGGUUUCACGGCAUUGGUCUUCUUCACCUAUGAUUUCUAUGUACAACGAAGGAAUCGCAGAGUGACCAAUACCGCUGCUCGAUCCACAGCAAUCGUCUCGAGUUUGUUUCCCAAGAACGUUGCGGCGCAAAUGAUGGAAGAGAUAGAAGAGGCUACUACUACUAGAACCGGGAAGCGAUCGACCAAAAUGUCUGACGCCGUCCAACAAUUGGUUGGGUCCUCCAAUUUGUCGCAAGGGAAUGCAUCGGCUUUGGCAGUGUCGAAGAAGGCAGCCCCUAUUGCGGAUCUGUUCGAGCAUACCACAAUCAUGUUUGCGGACAUUGCUGGCUUCACCAAAUGGAGUUCUACACAUGAGCCUUCCGAUGUCUUCACGUUAUUGGAAACGAUAUUCAAUGCAUUUGACAACAUCGCUGAUAAGCGGCAUGUUUUUAAGGUUGAAACUGUUGGAGACUGCUACGUAGCUGUUUGUGGCCUACCGGAUCCUUGCCGUGAUCAUGCGAUUGUGAUGGCAAGAUUCGCUUGGGAAUGUAUGCGAGCAAUGAGAAAGAUCAGGAACAAGCUGGAGAAAAAGCUCGGAGCCGACACUCGAGAAUUGGAUAUGCGGUUUGGGCUCCAUUCUGGACCAGUGACUGCUGGCGUAAUUAGAGGACAAAGACCUCGUUUCCAGUUGUUUGGCGACUCUAUGAACAAGACUUCCAGAAUCGAAUCUUCUGGGCAAAAGGGAAAGGUCCACAUAUCAGAUGAGAUGGCCAACAUUCUGAAGGAUAGCGGCAAGGAACAUUGGCUCUCAAAGCGGGAAGAUGUCGUCAAUUUGAAGGGAUUGGGCGAGGUUCCAACAUACUGGCUCGGUCUUCAGAAUGAACGACAUUCGGCAACUGGUUCAGUUACAAGUAUUUCAUCUACUGAUCCAUCUGAACCUUCUUCCAACGACGAGCUUGCUCUAAUCAAGAAUCAGAUCAAUGACUGGAAGAAUCUGCCAGAGCUCACGUCGUGGCAUUCCAAGUUUCUUGCAAAGUUUUUGGUUCGAGUCGUCCACGCCCGACAAGCUAGUGGUCGUCAAAUUGAAGUCGACGAAGAAGGCCUUCAAGCUGCAGAAAAGACUGCUCUAUUUGGACAUGCCGAUCCUUCGGAUUGCAUCCAAUUCGAAUCCACGACAUCUCGUGAUCUUGACUCGCAGACCGCAAGCAAGCUUGACAAGGCCGCAAUGGAUCAGUUGAAGGAUUUCGUCCAACAAAUCUCGGACGCGUACAACCCUCAUCCUUUCCACAAUGUCCAACAUGCCUCGCAUGUCGUGACAUCUCUGAAGAAGCUUUUGGAGUCGAGUCAAGAGAAUCCACUGGAUCCGUUAACAGAGUUUGCGUUGGUAUUGUCAGCCUUUGUCCACGAUGUUGAUCACCCAGGUGUUUCGAACGAGCAGUUGGUUGCGGAGAACGAGGCCCUUGCCAAGAUCUACGAAUCGAGUCCUGCCGAGCGGAACUCUUUGGAUGUCUUCUGGAAUAUAUUUUGCCAAGAGAGCUUCCGUGAAUUGCGACGAACUGUGUAUCAGACAACCGAAGAGUUGGAGCACUUUCGCCAGGUGAUGGUCCAAUCCAUCCUUUCGACCGAUAUCAUUGACAAGAGUAUGCAACAAGAUCGAAUCAAGCGAUGGGAGGGGUGUUUGAAGGCAGGCGGCAACGCGACACUGGGCCAGCGCAAAACUUGUAUAGUGGAGCAAUUGAUUCAGGUUAGCGACAUCGCUCACACCAUGCAACACUGGGGAUUGUACCAAAAGUGGAAUGGCAAAUUGUAUGACGAAAUAUCAGCGGCCUUCCAUAAUGGACGGGGGGGAAAGAAUCCAAAGGAAUUUUGGUACAAGGGAGAACAGGCAUUUUACAAUGAUAUUGUGAUUCCAGUUGCGACCCUGCUUAGUGAAGAGGUUGCUUUUCGCACAUCAGGAAGAGCCAUGCUCCAAAAUGCAAAGGAUAACCUGCGAGAAUGGAGAGGCAGUGGCAAGGAAGUUUUGGCAAGCCUUUAG